AUGCCGCUGCCCAGAAAGCCUAGCAUGCUUGACCUGGGCCUAGGUACGUGGAGCUCGAGUUCCCCGGAGGAAAACUCCACGGCUCAGGCCACCUCCAGCAAGCAGCUGCCAGAGUACAAGGCGGUGGUGGUGGGAGCCAGCGGCGUGGGCAAGAGCGCACUGACCAUCCAGCUGAACCAUCAGUGCUUCGUGGAGGACCACGACCCCACCAUCCAGGAUUCCUACUGGAAGGAGAUGGCCCUGGAUCACGAAGGCUGUAUUCUGAAUGUGCUGGACACGGCAGGGCAGAACACUCACAAGGCCCUGCGUGACCAGUGCGUGGCGAUUGGGGAUGGUGUGCUGGGUGUCUUCGCUCUGGAUGACCCCUCAUCUCUAGCCCAGCUGCAGCAGAUGCGGGCCACCUGGGGGCCCCGCCACACCCAGCCCCUAGUCCUUGUGGGCAACAAGUGUGACCUGGUGACCUCCACCGGAGAUGCUCACGCUGCUGCUGCAGCCCUCGCGAAGAGCUGGGGGGCCCCCUUCGUGGAGACCUCGGCCAAGACACGACAGGGUGUAGAGGAGGCCUUCUCCCUGCUCAUCCAGGAGAUCCGAAAGGUCCGGGAGGCCAUGGCAAAGGAAGCGGCGAAAGGGCACCGCCGUAAAUGCCGACACAAGUCUAUGUGCCACUGUGGCUGCGUCGUGGCCUGA